CCUGCCGUCGACGUUGUAUUCAUAAUGGGCGAGCAUCUCUAUGGAAAUGAAAUCAAUGGACCGUGCGUAAACGAAUUGUAAAUUCCUGCCCCCUGGGAUCAAAAACAAACCUCUUGUCAUAUUUUGUUGAGAAGUCGAAUCCUUGCACUCGUGAUGACUCGGACCGCGAUCAUCUCGUCAUCGCUUUUUCGAGGAGGAACGUCUCAUACGUGGCUGAGGUGUCCAGCAUUCGCGUUCACCAGAGCAUAUAUAAUGGGCCACUGAGUAUGUGAGUAUGAUAUUGCUUUCCAGUAAGCCAUGUUCCCUGCUGCAUCCUUGUUGACAAUUUUCCUCCUGGCAUUGUCUAUUGUGGCAUCGCCUGUUGAAAUUCGCGACUCCCCCAUCACCCUCCCCAUUGCCAGGAGGCUAAACGUCUUCGAUGGUACUACUAACUUCUUGCAGUACGAUAAAGCUCGCGUGGCUGCCCUUAAGGACGGCCGUCAAAUUAGUGGCACUUCUGUGACAAACGAAGUUACAAGCUACAUCGCAGCAGUUGGCGUUGGCAGUCCCCCCACAACCUACAACUUGAUUGUCGACACCGGUAGCUCGAACACAUGGGUUGGUGCCGGCACUGCGUACGUGAAGACCAGUACUAGCGUCAACACUGGUCAGCCUGUGGCAGUCGGCUAUGGUUCUGGCUCCUUCUCUGGAACUGAGUACACCGACACCGUCACUCUCGGGAGUGGGCUCACCAUCACCAAGCAGUCGAUUGGUGUUGCUUCUACUGCGUCGGGCUUCACCGGUGUUGACGGUAUCCUUGGCAUCGGGCCCGUAGACUUGACCGAGGGUACCUUGACGAAUUCGCCGACAGCGACGAUCCCGACUGUCACUGACAACCUGGACAGCCAAGGCACCAUUUCUCAGAAAGUUGUUAGUGUCUUUUUCGGGCCCACCACUUCGCAGACAAUCACCAAUGGAGAGCUCACCUUCGGUGGAACUGACGCUGCCAAGUACACCGGCGAUAUUGGAUACACUCCUUCCACCACCACCAGCCCUGCAUCGACCUAUUGGGGUAUCGACCAGAGCAUCACCUACGGCUCCACGACGAUCUUGUCCUCCACUGCUGGCAUCGUCGAUACUGGCACCACCCUCCUUUACAUUGCCACCGAUGCCUACACCAAGUACCAGUCUGAAACCGGCGCUACUGUGGAUGGGACGACUGGUCUUCUCCUCGUUUCUUCUGCCCAGUACAGUGCACUCAAGAACCUGAACUUCAAUAUUGGCAGUAAUACCUACAGUCUCACCCCUAACGCCCAAAUCUGGCCUCGUUCUCUCAACACCAAUCUUGGCGGUAGUAGCACAGCUAUAUAUCUCAUCGUUACCGACAUUGGCACAAACAGUGGCACAGGGUUUGACUUUAUUAACGGCUACACAUUCCUCGAGCGCUUCUACUCUGUGUUCGAUACCACCAACUCCCGUGUCGGUUUUGCCACAACCUCGUACACUGAUGCUACCACUAACUAACAUGAAAUUGCAAGUACACAAAGGAUCGUUUUUCAGAUGCAAAGCAGCAUACGGAUUUGAAGGUUGUAUUAAUAAGUAGGCUAUGGAGGUCUUAUUCCUCGGUUUAUAACAAUAGCAUCACAUCUGGUUAGGAUGCGUGAAAUCCCCUCUAUCUAGAGUACGAUCACAUACUUCUGGUACUAUACACCUGAUAUACAUCCCAGAGCAUGCUAUGAUCUUCUUCGCAGCUUCUAGAAUCAUCACUCUCCCACAAUAUGAAAAUUGUACAGCUUAUUAGCUUCUCCUGGCAGUGACGGAC